AGUAGAGCAGGACACGACUAAUAACUCAAAAGAAGUAAAGAACAGGGCCUUUACCGCCUUCCUUUUCAUACUUGGGAGUUGGCACUUUGGAAGUAGAAUUCUAAUUUUAUCAUCACAUGAAAUCAAAAUACUCUAUCAAAACAAAACCCUAAUUUUUGCAGAUCUCCCAAUCACCAGCAAUGUCGGUCACCGCUGAUGUCAGUGACACCAUUAUCGCCAUUAGAGAGAAGCUUCGAGGUAAGAUCGGCCAAACCAAAGUCAAGCGAUACUGGCCUGGUAAAGCUCCAGAAUGGGCCGACGAAGUCGAAGAAGAAGCCGAUCUUCGCACUUUAUCUCGUCGACAAACCCUAGAACACGCUUUUCCGGUUAACGAGGAUACUACUUUUACGCGCGGUGAUGAUCCCCGUCUUCGGCGGUUGGCGGAGAAUCGGGCGGAGAACAAGGAGGAAGUCCGAGCUGAUCACCGGAGAAUUAGGCAAGCGGAGAUUGUGUCGACAGAAGAGGAGGAGAAUCGUGCGGAAGAAGCUGCUGCUGAGGAGAAAGAUGAUGAUGAUGCGUUGGAGGAGAGGAGGAGGAAGAUAAGGGAGAGGUUGUUGCAGAGGAGGCAAGAAGAGGAGAAGCAAUCGGCUCCAAUUGAGGAGGAGGAUGAUGAAGCGGAGGAGGAAUCGGAGGAGGAAGAAUCGGAGUAUGAGACGGAUUCCGAAGAGGAGGAGAUGAAUCAGCUGAAGCUAGCGAAGCCGGUUUUCGUGCCGAAGCAAGAGAGGGAGACGAUUGCGGAGAGGGAGAGAGUGGAAGCCGAGGAGCAAGCGUUAGAGGAGGCGGUGAAGCGGAGAUUGGAGGAGCGAAAGGUGGAGACGAAACAGAUUGUUGUGGAGAAGAUUAGAGAGUAUGAGGUGAUUCAGAAGAAUUUAGAAGCGGAAGCGGAUAUUGCUGAUAUUGAUACUGAUGACGAGGUGAAUGAGGCGGAGGAGUAUGAGAGCUGGAAAGCGAGGGAGAUAGCCAGGAUUAAGCGUGAUAGGGAGGAUAGAGAGGCCAUGGUGAAGGAGAAGGAGGAGAUUGAGAGGGUAAGGAAUAUGACAGAGGAAGAGAGGAGAGAAUGGGAGAGGAAGAACCCGAAGAAUGCGCCUCAGCCGAAGCAGAAAUGGAGGUUUAUGCAGAAGUAUUAUCAUAAGGGUGCUUUCUUUCAGGAGGAUCCUGAUGAUAGGGCUGGUACUGCUGGUGGUGAUACCAUUUUCCGCCGCGAUUUCUCAGAACCCACUGGGGAUGAUAAGCUUGAUAAGACUAUUUUGCCUAAGGUUAUGCAGGUUAAACACUUUGGAAGGAGUGGCAGGACCAAAUGGACUCACCUUGUUAACGAGGAUACUACUGAUUGGAAUAAUCCGUGGACGUACAAUGAUCCCCUACGAGCAAAAUACAAUGCAAAAAUGGCUGGCAUGAACAAACCAAUUGCGAAACCCAAAGGAAGCAAAAAACUAAAGGACUGGGAGCAGAAGUAAAUACAAUUUGACAUAGUUUCCUGUAGAAGGGGUCUCGUGUAGCUUUUGUCUUUUUUAGUAGGUACUAUGAAUGGAAUAUAAUGUAAAUCUUCGUUUCAGUUGUGGGAGCUUGAAUGACAAAUCUUUUUGAUUGUACAAUCACGAGUAUAAAUAUAGAGCAAUUCAGUUGCUGUUUUCUGUA